AGCAUUUUUCUGCUUCAGCUAUAUUUUUCAUAUCUUGAUUUUGUUUUUCAUGUUCGUUUGUUUUUUAAAGUUCUUAUUUGUUUUUGACACAAGCAUGCUUAUGACGGAAGAAAUUUUGUAUUAUUGAUAACAGCAUUUGUGUAAGAUAGAAAAAAUUCUAGAUUUUUCGUGUAAAGAGUCUGUUGAGUCUAAUUUAAACGCGAUAAAAAGAGUAUAUUUAUUCAAAUUUUGGUCUGCAUUUGAAGUUGGCAUUUCUUCCCACGCUUAACCGUAAAUAUUCAUAUAUCAAAACUGGAAUAAACAGCUCUCAUAUCGGUAGUAACUAAUCAUGAAAGCUUUUUUUCAAAAAAAUUACCAAGCUAAAUUGAUCGCAAACCUAUCAAAUGACAAUGCCAGGGAAAAAUAUGAAACAUUUGGAGAUUGUAUGAAAGAAACAAAUAAAAUUGGAGGAAAAGUUAUGAGGCGGAAAAAAUCCGAUAAUACAUUAUUAAUCACUAACAAAAAAGAAAUGGGCCGCAGCAAAUCGUUUCAAAGAAGUUCAUCAAAAUCAAACGGUAAAACACCAGAUAAGUUGUAUUUAGAUGAUAUACAAGUUUUAUCUAACACUGAAACAUUUUUUUCACAUAAUGUUUGGUAUUACGGUAAGCUAGACUUAUUUCAGACCGAUUCUACAGAAGUAAAACUCAUUGCUGGAACAUUACUGGUUCGUAUAGACAGAUAUGGAAGCGUAGCAUAUAAUUUAACAUAUCUUAUUGAUAAUGAACUUCACACCUGUAGAUUUCCAUUUGAAAACGGAAAAUACUCUUUGAACUUUGACGACCCAGCUCAACCGCGAUUUUUAAACGUAAGCUCUUUGAUUGCUUAUAUGGUGGAAAAUAAUUAUUUAGAAAGAGUUACAUUUGAAUGGCUUAUUGAUAAUUAUUAGUUUGCAUUAAA